AUGGCCCCACGUCAAAAAGCAUCAGACGUCAAACGUCAAGCGAAGCCAAACAUCAGAAAGACAGCACAAGGGAAGCAGCCUCGAGGCGUUGAGAAAAACCAACCACGGAGACCUGUCCGCCGAAGUGCACGCCUGGAUCAGAAAUCUCUGUCUUGGGGAGGAAACGCGCAACAAAACCACUCUUAUUCAUCUCCAUGUGGUAACACACUCAGGAAGAAGCAAAAUCUGUCUGCCUCUCUGCAAACUAAAGGCCUAAAGCGGAAGGGACCCCAAGAGUUCUGCAUUCCAGCCAACCAAUUUCAAAAGCGACCUCGAACAUCUGCCGCUGGGGACACACCGGACCAGGAGGCCGCACGCGACGUCUACGAGAACAACGUUAACCCUAUCCAUUGGUGGACGCAGAGCGGUUUCUGGCCUAACGAAUACUUCCAUGAAGGGUACAACAUGAGCCAUCUCCUUCCAAGAAAGAAAUCGACAUCUUCUCUUUGCCGCAAACAGUCGGAAUCUAGUUCUGUCGCCAGCUCUACCACACCCAGCGAUCAAAAGCCAAGGGAAGAAAAGCAUGCUCAAUACAAGAAAUCUCGCUAUGGAGUCCUGCUUCAAACUAAAGGUAUCUUUAUGAGGAAAUCGAAGCUAGAUAUAACCAAUGGAAGCAAAGAUCUUUGUCAACGCUUACUCGAGCUAGAGCAAACAAUCCCUAAAGAUUCACUAUUUGAAGGUGGUGUAUUUGAUCAACUUUGUGAAAUGAUACAGAAUCGAAAUGAAGCCAAGGUUAUUCAAGACAUUUCUCGGUUGAUUGUCCCUUCAGCACAAACUCUAGCCAUAUACGGCGCGAGACAUCUCAAUGUCUUGGUUGAAAGUGUCAAUGAAGGAUGGAAUAACUCAGUUCCCAUAACAAAACCGCGUCCGCAACCUGAUUACUCUGUGGGAUUUGGACGUGAGGCAUUCACAGAUGAACAGUUGCAGAGGCUUCAGCCUUUUGUCGGCAAUCUGACAGACACAUCUUACUUUAUGGCGACAUACUAUCUGUACUUCCCAUUCCUAACUUGUGAGGUUAAGUGUGGUGCGGCAGCACUUGAUAUUGCAGAUCGGGAAAAUUCCCACAGCACCGCCAUUGCAGUGAGAGCUAUCAUUGAGCUAUUUAAGCUUGUGAAGUGUGAACAAGAGGUUAAUCGAGAGAUCCUUGCUUUCUCAAUCUCACAUGAUCACACAGCAGUAAGGAUCUACGGUCACUAUGCUAUUCUUGAAGAAGAGAAGAUAAAUAUCUACCGCCACCCAAUCCACAAGUUUGAUUUUACAGCUUUGGAUGGCAAAGAGAAAUGGACGGCGUACAAGUUCACAAGGAAUAUCUAUGAUAUAUGGAUGCCAACUCAUUUAAAAAAGAUAUGCUCAGUGAUUGAUCAGAUACCCCUUGAUGUGGAUUUUGACAUCUCACAGUCGGAACUUCAAUACUCCCAACAAUCCAACGCCGAAUCAGUGCUUGCACUCGACAAUGAGGACAGCGAGCCGAGUCAGCUGGGCUAUAUUGACUCAGCAGGUGUUACACCGACCACCUCCUUCGCUGAACAAACACAAGUAUUCAAAAAGCCAAGGAAGAAGCAAUAG